AUCAAACAACCAGGCAGCUAAUAUGACGAUUGGGCAUUGUUAACUUGAGUCCUGAGUUCAGACUCCUCUCCUUGAACGCCAACCCAGCCCGAGUAGACCCGGAACUCGGACAAUGACUCACCUUCCUCUUCUCUUCCUCUUCUUCGUCGGACUCUCCCUCCUCGACGCCGCUGCCAAUGAGGCCUACCCCUCCGACGGUCUCAAGCCAAUCCGCCGGGAGGUUUACGACGGAGGGAUGAUCUUCGACAUCAGCCACCGUUACACGCCGGAGAUGCCGGAGUUUGAGUCGUCGGAAGGAUUGGGACAAUUCCUGAGGUUGGCGGCGAGCAUGAAGAACGGAUCCAUCGCCAAUAACUCGCAGAUGAAGUUCUCUGUCCACACCGGUACCCACGUCGACGCACCGGGUCACUUCUUCGACCACUAUUACGAUGCUGGUUUCGACGCUGAUUCGCUUAAUCUCGAAACCCUAAACGGUCCUGCACUGUUGGUUGAUGUUCCGAGGGACAAGAACAUCACUGCCGAGGUAAUGGAAUCGCUUCAUAUUCCGAAGGGAACUCGCCGUGUGCUUUUCAGAACGUUGAACACUGACAGGCGGCUUAUGUUCAAGAAAGAAUUCGAUUCAAGCUUCGUAGGGUUCCUGAGCGAUGGAGCCCGAUGGUUGGUGGAGAACACAGACAUCAAACUUGUUGGUAACAUCGGAUUUUCUAUAUUGUCUUUUCUAUGUUCACAAACCAGUGGCUGCAGUUUGUCGUUCGAGUUUACCGGGGUUGAUUAUCUCUCCGUAGCUGCUUUCACCGAUUUGGCAGCGACCCACCAUGUUUUAUUACGAGGCCGUGAUAUCAUUCCCGUGGAAGCACUGAAGCUCGAUGGCAUAGAGGCGGGACUGUACUCCCUCCAUUGCUUACCGCUGAGAUUGGUGGGAGCCGAGGCGUCGCCGGUCAGAUGCAUUCUCAUCAAGUGAUCCUCCUCCUAUGAUGAUACAAUUGUAGAUAGUAAGCAAGCAAUAAGAGUCUGAAGAAUGAAAAGCCCAGAACAGAAGACGAACAUGUAAGACCAAUGCUAUGUAUGUAUCUGUAUAUGUACUGAGUAAAGAAGCAGAUUGACAUUGGGUCGUGAAUAGAAAAUUAUAUUACAACUUUCAAAUA